AUAAAUAAGUUUGUCCUAUGUAUAACAAUUGUUUUCAAAGAAUUAAAUUAAGAUUUUUCUUCUUCUCUUAUAAAAGGGCAUGCACUACAACCAUAGUCUAAACCAAGUUCUUCUACUCCCUCUUUACUUUCAAGUUCCAAUAGCUAAGAAAUAAAAUGGGUUCCAAACUUCCAUUACUAUUUGUUUUUGUGAUGUUGUUUGCUUUAAGUUCAGCAAUUCCAAACAAGAGAAAGCCAUAUAAACCAUGCAAAAACCUAGUCUUUUAUUUUCAUGACAUACUUUACAAUGGAAAGAAUGCAGCAAAUGCAACAUCAGCAAUAGUAGCAGCUCCAGAAGGUGUUAGUUUAACUAAAUUGGCACCUCAAUCCCACUUUGGUAACAUAAUAGUUUUUGAUGAUCCUAUCACAUUAAGCCAUAGCCUUUCUUCAAAACAAGUUGGAAGAGCACAAGGGUUUUAUAUUUAUGAUACCAAAAACACAUACACUUCUUGGCUUAGUUUCACUUUUGUUCUUAAUAGCACUCAUCAUCAAGGAACCAUUACUUUUGCUGGAGCUGACCCAAUUGUCGCCAAAACUAGAGAUAUUUCUGUCACUGGUGGUACUGGAGAUUUCUUUAUGCAUAGAGGAAUUGCUACUAUUACCACUGAUGCCUUUGAAGGCGAGGCUUAUUUUCGACUUGGUGUUUAUAUCAAGUUCUUUGAGUGUUGGUAACUAUCAAAUUAAGUACUAAUUGCUAUAGUAAAAGCAAUUAAAUUUGAAGUUAAAUUGUUGUUGUGUCUUUUCAUGUUGUGUUUUUAAUUAAUUAGCCCAUAAAGUAUACUCUCUGUACUUUUUUAUUGUCUAAGAUUAUUAUCAAUAAAUGAAGAUUCUAUUAA